UGGCGUUCGACUCAUUAUCGACGGACCUGCGUCAUUAUUGCACCUGUUUAUUUCCACUUUAAAACGGCACAACGGAGCUCCUUGAGGCCGACCAUGUGUGCGGUCUCAGCGAGCAUCCUGGGGCCCAUCAACUCACAGAAGUCAUCGAAGUCGACAUGGCCCCCCCCUGCAGAAAGUCAGCACGUACAGGAGACAAAUGGCGCCAUAGACCAACAACCCUUCGUGAGGAUUGUGAUUCUUGAUCUGAACGGAAUUAUGUGAGCGUCCCAUCCGGUCGGCAUUCCAGCACGAGUGGAAAUAUUACAUCCCCUUCAACAGCCCACAUGAGCGUCUCCAAACCGCCGCCGCCGCCGCCCAACUCCCACCUGACCAUCCCUCCUUCCUCUUCCUCCACGCCCUCGUCGUCCGCUACCUCGCCCUCGGCCACACCCCACUCCUCGGCCCCGCCCCCUCCCUCGCCCGUCAAGAUUUCUAUGCAGGAGCACUUUGCCAUCAAUGUGUGUCCGGGCCCCAUCCUCCCCAUCCCGCAGAUCUCCGAUUUCUUCCCACGCUUCCACGACUACCCCUGCACGCCGCCGCCGCCGCGGGAGAAGAAGAUCCUGAAGGAGGAGACGUUCAACGGGGACAUGGGCCUCGGCUUCAGAGAUGAAAAGAAGCAAGCGGAGAGCAGCGCGGACCGAGAGGAGGCGGCCGACUCUGAUGACGACGACACCUACUUGGGGACGCUGGAGUUCACUCUGCUCUUUGACCAGGAGAACAACUGUCUGCACUGCACCAUCCACAAGGCCAAGGGACUGAAAGCCAUGGACUCCAACGGGCUGGCUGAUCCAUACGUCAAGCUUCAUCUCCUGCCCGGGGCCAGCAAGGCCAACAAGUUACGCACCAAGACCCUGAAGAACACUCUCAACCCCGUGUGGAACGAGACCUUGGUCUACCACGGAAUCACAGCGGCUGAUAUGACCACCAAGACUCUGAGGCUGUGUGUGUGUGACAUGGACAGACUCGGCCGCAAUGAAUUCAUCGGCGAGGUGAGAGUGGCCCUGAAGAAGCUCCGAGAAGGAGACAACAAACGCUACAAUAUGGGUCUGGAGAGAAUUGCACACAAUAAAGAGUCCAACAAUCAAGCGGUGGAGCAGGGAGCUCCUACUGCAGAAGAGGAGCGUGGCCGAAUCCUGGUGUCGCUGUGCUACAACACGGAGAAGGGCUGCCUGCUGGUUGGCAUCAUACGCUGUGCCCAUCUGGCCGCCAUGGACUCUAACGGCUACUCUGACCCCUUUGUCAAAAUCAUCCUGCAGCCUGACAUGGGGAAGAAGUCCAAAUACAAGACGACGGUGAAGAAAAAGACUCUCAACCCUGAGUUUAACGAGGAGUUUUCCUACGAGGUGACGCUGGACCAGCUGGCCAAGAAAACCCUGGAGAUCUCAGUGUGGGACUACGACCUGGGGAUGAGUAACGACUUCAUAGGUGGCGUGGUGCUGGGCAUCAACGCCAGCGGACAGAGACUCAGACACUGGUUCGAGUGUCUCAAAAACAAAGGGAAGAAAGUGGAAUACUGGCACACGCUCACACAGCAGGGGGCCCCCCCCACCACUGACAAACCCGACUAGACCCACACACACACACACACACACACACAUUUAUUCCCCUUAAAGAGAUGAAAAGAACAAAGACAUGCAAUAAUACCAAUCGUGUUGAAGACCAAAUUUAAUGCAUAUUCCUGACGUCAGUGAUGGUGUUUGUUUAUUUAUUUGUUUAUUUAUUGAUUUUUCAAAGUUGACCAAAUGCCCUCAUACAUGUAACAAGGGGAUACACGCAAAGUUUCAGACCUCGUAGAAAGACACUCGCCGUCCAACCAAUGAAGAGCUGCAUGAAGGAGGCCAGCGCCCCCCCCCCCCCCCUCGUGUGACACUGUUGUCACUACAACAAUGUGGGCUUGUUGUUACAUAACGAUACAAAGCACAAAGUCAUCUGUUUGGUGGAUUUACCAUCUCGCUGUUUUUAACUCUACGUCCGUCUUUCCUUGUCUUUGUCACUUUCGUGUGUGUGUGUGUGUGUGUGUGUGCGUGUGUGUGUGUGUGUGUGUGUGUGUGUGUGUGUGUGUGUGUGUGUGUGUGUGUGUGUGUGUGUCUCUAAAGCAAGCUGUGGGAAUUUGAGUGCCUCGAUUUUCUGUCUGUGCAGCAUCUGUUUUCACAUUGUGCCCCAUUACCAUGAACACUACUGAACUUGGAGAAGCACAGUGUGUGUGUGUGUGUGUGUGUGUGUGUGUGUGUGUGUGUGUGUGUGCGUGUGUGUGUGUGCGCGCACGCACUUGACUCACCAUCCUUGUGUGGACAUACAUUUGACAAACCACCCCUUUCUGCAUACUUGCCAACCCUAACCCGAAUUUUCCGGGAGACUCCCGAAAUUCAAGCGCCUCUCCCGAAAAUCUCCCGAUUUUCAGCCGGAGCUGGAAGCCACGCCCCCCUCCAGCGCCAUGCGGACCUGAGUGAGGACAGCCUUUUUUUCAUGACGGGUGACAAGAACUAAAUCAUCCAGACUAGAGAUAAAUUGUAUUAUUAUGUUUAUCUUACCUAAAAAUAAAUAUAUUUAUUAAUUUAAAAAAAAAUAAAAAAAAAAAAAAUACAUUUUUACUAUAUUUUGCUAAAAACAUCAAAAUUAAUUGUAUUUUUAUUUUGCAUUUUUUCCUGACUCCUUAUUACACCCAGCCAUAGAAUUAUACAUUAAAAUAAACAUAUUUGAAAUAAUUGAUUUUAAAUUAUCAUAAUAAUUCAUUUAAAAUGGCCAUGUUUAAUUAUUAAAAUAAUUGCUUGUUUAUCAACAACUGUAGCAUUUUAUUCAUUACAUUUUGAAACUCUCAGAAGCCAAGUUAUGUUAUAUUCCUUCAUAUUUAUUUAUGCAAGUUUGAAGUAUCAAUUAUCUAAACACAGUUUGUUUGCAUAUUUUCAGGAUGUAGAUAUCUAUAUGUGUAUAUAUUAGAGAUGCGCGGAUAGGCAAUUUAUUUCAUCCGCAACCGCGUCAGAAAGUCGUCAACCAUCCGCCAUCCACCCGAUGUAACGUUUGAUCAGAACUGCACCCGCCCGCCAUCCGCCCAAUCUAAUAUAGAUGAUGCAAGGCAUUAGUGAGCCUGCCAACUACUCCGGUUUUCCCGUAAUUCGUACGGUUUUCAUCAACCUAUUCCGGGUUUUUCAUUAAUUAAAAAAAAAAAAAAGGGUGAAAACAACGCGAAUUGCACCUUGUGCAGACAAGAUGUUUCGAUCGGACACGGAGGAAUUAGCGAUGUAAAAGACCACGUUGGGACAAAAAAACACAAGUCUAAUGCCGUUGCUAGCGAUACAAGUGGAAAACUUUCAACGUUUUUCGUCGCCCAAACAGAUUCUUUGGAUGUGAUAAAUGCCGAAGGUUUAUUUACGGAGGCAAUAAUUGAGCAUGGACUUCCAAUCGCACUGGCUGAUCACAUGGGACAGUUAAAUGUUUGUCAUGCAACCUUUAAAAAUCAUUACGUGGUGAUCGCGGUCCCAAAAAUAAACUUUUCUUGCAUGAUAAUGUCCAGAAAAAUUUGCUUUAUAUUACUAUAGAGUCCUUUUAACGAAUGAGUUUGAUGGUUUAUCACAAACCUUAAAUGAAAGAAGUCCUUUGUUCUCCUGCACCAUGGCCUUGCUUCGUGUUUGGUGCGCACGCUUUAUAACCUCACUGAGGUUAUAAAGCUUUUGCCUGUUAAAGAAAGGAGACUGAUCCAACGCAGCACAGACUUUCGCGUGCCACGCUGUCACGACCCAGACGCACACCAGUGCGCAAUCAUAUGGGAGCCGCGCUAAGCGCACCUCCAAGCGCGUCUCGCUGCCGGCGACGGACGGGUAUAUGGGCCCGACGCUCCAGCGCCAUCCAUUUUCAGGGCUAGUUGAUUCGGCAGGUGGGUUGUUACACACUCCUUAGCGGGUUCCGACUUCCAUGGCCACCGUC